AUUCCGACCCGACGCUCGAGUUUCUCCGUCCGCGCAUCGCCGAAAAACGUAACACCGCGAGUGCUACGAACAGCCAAGAAAAUUCGGCAGCCAAAAACAAUACUACGACCCACUCAACGGGGAAAACUUCAAUAUAUAUCUGAAAACACACAGAAAGCAGUUAAAUUCGCUAUUCAAUCGCCGAGCGCGUGCAUAUAUACGGGUUCCGUUAAUUCCGUUCCGUUUCUUGUCGCCUUUUUUUCUUGCACACACAGUUUACCACUUUACCUUUGCGUCUCUCGUUCCGUAGUGUGAGUGUGUGUGUGGUGUGCGUGCGUGUGUGUUGUUUUUCGUGUGUUCGUUUAACUAAACACAGGUAGAAACGAAAAGAAAACCAUGGGCGAAUUAUGAAAAUAUGAAAUCAAGUAAAUAUAAAACAAGUAGCUACAACAACAACACACUCGUAUACCCGUCGUGUUCAUAACUUUGUGCGUCUUUCGCAUUCAUUUCAUAUAGUAUUAUUUUUCUCUUGGAUUUUCAACAACAACAAUAUGAAUGAGAGAGCGAGAGCCAAGAUCGUGAUCACCGUAUCGUGAAUGAAUAUUUGUCAGUGUGUGCGAGGCGUGCUUUACGCACACACACACGUACGUAAACAACAAACACACACACGAUUGCCAGUGCCUGUGUGUGAGUACGGCAUUUAAUAAAUUAUUGUGUGCAAAUAAAUGUUCCAAAAAGAGAUCGGUAAAAAAAACGUAAACCAAAAGUGCGAAAAUUCGUCUUCGACUUGGAUCAAUCAGCAGUGAAAAAAAAUAUUGUGUUUGUACAAUUCUUCCGGAGAUUUGGAGCACCGAUUAAUAAUUGACCAGUUUUGUUUUUGGAUACGGCACAUCUACAUUUUCCUCUUUGCCGAAAAGGAUGCGGCUAUAGGAGAGGAUUCCCAACCAGGAGGCAUUCGAGAUAGACACCCACAGAGAAGUCAUGUCCCAGCAAGUGUUCUCGGCGCAUCCAGCGCUGGCGGUGGAGCAGCUGCAGCUGGCGGAACAGGAGGAUAACAACACUAGCAGUAAUCAUCACCAGCAGCAGCGAUCGGCGGCGACACAGAGCAGAAGGCAUGCCAAGGCCACACCCAAGAAGUUCACCCUGAGCAGGAGCUGUGCCGGCGGAGGAUCGGGAACGCUGAGCGGCGUCCACCAGCAGGCCACGCCAAGUGCAUCCAAUCCCGCCAUCAGUCCGGAGUCCAGGAAAACCCUGCCGGUGCGAACAAAUUAUGCGGCGGUGGACGACGACGAUGACAUCGAGUGCGAGGAUGUCGACGAGGUGAACUUUGGCCAGCAGGAGAAGGAGAUGAAGGAGACGACGGAACGGGAGAUCCGGCAACCAACCAAAGACUGUGGCACCGAUGAGACGGACCAUGUGCAGCAGCGCCACAAAAACACGACGACGACAACGACGGCGACGACGAGUAGGCACCACCACCAGGACGGAGGAGGUGGCGACCAGAGCGACCUGAGCAGCGUGAUCAGCUCGCCGUCGGUUAGCACAGUCUCCUCGCCCCUUUCCACGCCCACUCGGCUGCCACAGGCGCUGCAGCAGCAGCUGCACUGUUGCCAGAAGUCCAAGGGCGUGGAAUCCCGGGCGAGAACAUCUCCCCAGCAGGUUCAGCAUCCGCACAGGCCACACCACCACCACCACCAGCAGCAGCAGCAGCACCACCAUCACCACCAUCAUCAUCACCUCUCGGCAGCGGGAUGUGCGGCGGGGGGAGGCGGCGGAGGAGGUGGCUCCGGAGGAUCUGGAUCCUGCAAGGCCAAGAAGCUCGAUCCGCGACUGAAUCCCUCGCCCUAUCGCCAGCUUUUGCCCAUCGCCUUGUGCCUGCUCUCCUUCGCGACUGUCUUCGCCACAUUAAUUGUUUACAUGGACACGACAGAGAUUCGCCAUCAACAGUUUCGGCUGAACAUGUCGCGCGACUACGAGCUGAAUGGGGUUGCGCAAGACGAUCCCGCACUCAUUGCAUUCCUGCGCCAAAUCCACAUGGGGAAGUACUUGGGCAAGGCGUCGCCCAAGGUCGCGGCGGCGUCCACAGUGGGCGUGGGUCCGCCGCCCAACUCCCCGCGCCCCGCCACCGCCGGUUCAUCGUACGGAAGCGGGAGCGGCAACAGUAGCGGCAGUGGAGCCGACCAGCUGGCCCACUAUGUGGCCGAUCUGGUGGGCGGGAAGAUGAAUGGAGCGGUGAUCCAGUCGCUGAGCGGUCCGCUCGCCCAUCUGAUCACGGCGCCCUGGCUGAGCGAGCAGCUCGACUGGAUGGGCGUGCUGGUGGAGCCGGAGCCGCGUUGGUACUUCACGUUGCGCAAGCAGAACGCCCAGCGGGCGCGCAUGCAGGUGGUACAUGCCUGCGUCUCGCCCACUACCUAUCCCAAAGAGAUUACCAUACACAACGAGGAUGUGCGCAUCAAUAGUCUGCACGACGAGGAGACCUCGUGGUUCAACUCGCGUGUCAAAUGCUUUCCGCUCUACACAAUCAUGCUGGCAUGUGAGCGCACCGAAUACGAUCUGCUCAGUCUGGGCGUACAGGGGCAUGAGCUGGAGAUCUUGCAAACGCUGCCCUUCGACAAAGUCAAAAUCGAUGUGAUAUCGAUACAUUUGCUCGAGGACCAUGAGGACGUGCACGACUAUGUGCUGGACAUCACCAGAUUCCUGGCGGGCAAGUCCUACAAGCUGCAGCGCAAGAUUGGGCGAAACUACUUCUACCAGCGGCUUAAUGCCAGCGCCAGUCGCACGCGCAAGAAAGACAUCCUGCUGCUGAAGACGCCCUAGGCUCGACGAUCACAACGAACGAUCAAAGGAUCUAACUGGGAACGGAUUUCCACAAACGACAUCGAAGUGAAGACAAGCGUUAAAAUGCGAGAGAAUGAAAGUAGUUACUGAAAGAAAUCAACAAAACACUUCGCAGCUAAGCGAGAGAUUCGUAUAACUCUCAAACUGAACUCUAUGUUAUAAUGAUAAUUAUUACUAUACAUACGCUACACUAACGAUAUCGUUUAUAUAUACUGUAUACCGAUUAUGAUAUAUUGUACGAGUAGAAUCUUAGUUUUUGUAAAACUCAAAACUCCCUUUCCCCUUCCCAAAAAAAAAAAAACAUAAUAUUUCGCCUUUAUGUUAUUAUUUCCAUUUAUUUUUUGUCGAAAUUGUUUUUUGUGUACGUGUACGAGCAGAGUACACGGAACAAUUGUGUUAAAUACAAAACACAUUACUAUAUACAUAUAUGCAUAUAACGUAUUAUGAUUUGCUAUAAGCUAUGCUAAAUGAAUGUUAAGCUAAGAGUGCGCCCGCCCCUUUUCGAUGUAUAAAUUAAAUUGCAACUGGCGCGGCGAGUUCGAUUUAUGAACCAGAAAUUAUUGUAACUGUUCUGCUACUAGGCUAAGCUCGGCUAUCUCCUACAAACUAUCCAACUGUCUAUCUAUGCAAGUUUAUGUUAUAUCGAAUGCUUUAUCUAGUAAUCAAUAAGUAAACAAAACCUAACGUAAAUUAUUGUUUAAACUGGCGCCAGACGACGAUGAAGCAGCAGCGCAAAACUAAAAACAAAAAUAUUUAAAUUAUAUUAAAUUAUUGAACCAAACCAAGCACAUCCAUACACAUACACAAUACACCACCAUUGUACACACAUACACACACUAGCGCAAGCGAAUAAAUAUAUAGAAAACUCAUUUGCAAAAUCUGCUUUCAACUCAUCUCAUACUCAUAGUUACAACAUAAGCGAAUCAUUAAAUUAACGAACAAAAAUGAAGAUCGAAAGAAUCAAACUAGUAAACGAGGCAGCGUUCAAAAGUAAAUUACAAAACAAUUACGAAAUAGAGCAAAAAUCUGAAAGAAAAAACACCCAAGAACACUCACACUACACUCAUGCACAUUUUAUGUACUACAUGUACUAGUGAAUAAACGAAGUAAAUAAAUGUAAAUGUAGCGCAACGAAAUUAAAUGUAAAACCAAUCGUAUUUCAAUUACAUUUUAGUAAUUAUGAUGUAUUAUUAUUUUUUAUGUGCACACUUAGACACACGCUCAGCUAAAGAUCGAUCGGUGACAGUUGUUGCAAGUGCCGCGAACUCGUUGCACCUCGCCCCUCCCAAAAUACUAACAGACUUAUAGCCAGAAACAGAUAUUAAAUUGAGAACCGAGUAGAGAAUCAGAAUCAGUGCCUUCGACUUAGACUUGAAACGAAAACCAAAAUCUAAGCAUUACUCAUAUUGAAAUCGUUGUACAUAGAGAGAGAGCAUUGAGCAGCAACCGUCACUAGAAGAACAUUUGUUGUUACCAUUUGCCGUCUGUUAAACUUGCCUUAUCGAUGAUGCGACGACGGUGAUGCCCACAGUCUCCACACUCAGUUACCACACUCAAAUCCGUCACAACUAUAGAACUACAAAAGAAACGCGACUAAAUCACACAACACAUCACCUUAGUCCUAAGUACAGUGCUAAUGUCUGUUUUUUUAAGCCUAAUUCUAAUUACUUAGUUGUAUCUUGUGUAAAUUAGCGUUUAACCAAAUUUUAAGUAGGCUAUUAUUAUGAUAACCAUCUGAUUUGGCCUUGUCCAUAGCACACACAUCCCGCAUUGCAUCGCACACCCUCAGAAAACCCACCACACACAAACACCAUAUAAAAGCAAAAGGCUAACUCAUGCUAAGCUCGACAUCGAACUAGAAAUUGUAUUUACAGCGAGCAUAAAACUAAGGAAACAAAAUUUAUAGUUAAUAUAAAAAAUAAAGAAUCAAAAACUUAUGAAAUCUCAUUGA